AUGACGGAGGAUCUAGCGUCACCGUCACAAUCGGAGCAGUCACCUUUGAUUCCGUUAUCUCGCCCUGAUAAUGAGACGACCCCCCAAUUAAGCAUUGCUCGGGGAUUUGGGAUUGCGGUCUUUAUGGAACUCUUGAUCUUGAUCCAGACAACCAACAUUUCGAUGAUGACGACUGCCCAGUCCGACAUUGCGGCCGACCUGGAUGCCUUUGCCGAAGCGACGUGGUUCACCUCGGCAUACCUGAUCGCUGCAUCUAGCGUCACGCCCUUGACCGGGCGGCUUGCUGAGAUCUUUACACCUCGGCUAUAUGUGAUAUUCUCGAGCACCAUCUUGGCAAUUGGCCUGUUUAUUACGGCAGCGGCACCCAAUCUCGCCGUCUUCCUCCUAGGACGCGCAGUUUCGGGUGUUGGAAGCGGCGGAUUGAUGAGCAUUGCCAUCAUCCUGGCCGUGGAUCUUUCCUCUCCGAAACGGCGCGGAUUGUGCAUUGGCUUGAUCAGUGCAGGAUACACAACGGGUCUUGCAUCUGGUGCAGUUCUGGCAGGACUGAUGACGUCCUCUAUGGGCUGGCCUCCGCAACAGCGUCUCAUAUUCUGGAUCCAAGCACCGGCCGCACUGGUCUUGGGCCCUUUGCUGUUCCUGGCCAUUCCGGCCUCGUCAGGUGGUCGGAGUCCCUUGGACUAUCGGUCGAUGCUGCGUAGCCUUGCUCGAGUAGACUACGUGGGCGCUUUGGCAUUGACUUUCUCGGUCGUUUUGCUACUAUCGAGUCUUGCAUCGCCCGAGAUUCUCAUCUGGCCCCUGCCGUUAUCCGCGCUCUGCUUCGCUAUAUUCCUCUUUAUCGAAUGGCGGUGGACCAGAGAACCCAUAAUUCCAGUCCGGCUGCUCCAAUCACGAAGUGUCUUAAUGACCUGUCUCGCGGGCCUGGGCUUGAUGAUGGCCCGGUGGGCGGUCUUGUUCUACACGCCGGUCUAUGCCAUGGCUGUCCGAGGCUGGUCUCCUGCAUCCGCUGGUCUCAUUCUCGUGCCCACCAAUGCCGGGUUUGCGACUGGUGGGCUGCUUGUUGGCUGGCUUCAUAUCCGCAAAUCUACCAGCUACUACGUCAUCGACAGCUCAUGUCUGGUCAUCUUCGCCUUGUUUGUGCUGGCCAUAUCGGGCCUCUCUUUUCUUUCCACACCCCACUCCCCCGCAAUCUUGUAUCUUGCGACCACCUUCCUGAAUGGGCUAUUUGCGGGGUCGCUGAUGAAUUAUACUUUGUCGCAUGUGUUGCAUCUCACCAGUCCCCAGAUGCAUUAUAUAGUGAGCUCUUUGAUUGCAACGUCACGAGGAUUUGCGGGUAGUUUUGGAUCGGCCGUCGGAGGCGGGUUUUUCACCCGGAUUCUCAAAGCGUCCUUGGAAAAAGGCCUUGCACAGCAUGGGUUGCCCCCACAGCCCGACCUGAUUCGCACUCUGCUCGGUAGUCCUGCCACGGUAUCGCGCUUGACGGGCCUUGAGCGGCUGGUUGCCAUUCAAGGCUACGAACAUGCAACUCGCAUGCUGUUUCUGGCAGGCGGCUUGGUGGCACUGGCGGCUACUGCCUUUCAGGCAGGAACUGGCUGGACCUCGGAGGUUGAUGAUGGAAAGGGGAAUUCAGAGCAGGAGGUUUAG